AUGAGCCUGAUACUGUUCCUGGAAGCCGUCUGUAUUUUUCUGUUUGGCCAAGUGCUACCAUCUUUCACUUUCCAGAAACUCUAUGCAAGCCAGGAGACUGUUGUGAAGAUUUCAGCUGCCAGUCAAUUGAUGCAGUGUUCUGCUGCCCUGGAUGUCAUGUUUGCCUUGGAUGGCUCUUACAGUGUUGGGAAAGGAAGCUUUGAAAGGUCUAAGUACUUUGCCAUAAAGUUGUGUGAUGCCUUGGCCAUCAAUCCAGAUAGAGUCAGAGUGGGUGUAUUACAAUUUAGCUCAGUUCCUCAGCUGGAAUUCCCCUUGGAUUCAUUUUUCACCCAAGAGGAAGUAAAAGAAAAAAUCAAGAGAACAGUUUUCAAAGGAGGGAGCACUGAAACAGGUCUUGCUCUGAAAUACCUUCUCCACAAAGGUUUCCCUGGGGGAAGGAACUCUUCUGUCCCUCAGAUCCUUGUCAUUGUCACUGAUGGGAAGUCCCAAGGAAACAUUGCCCUUCCUGCCAAGCAGCUGAAGGAAAAGGGAGUCGUGGUGUUUGCUGUGGGAGUCAGGUUCCCAAGGUGGACAGAACUGCACACCUUGGCAAGUGAACCCAAGGAUCAACAUAUGUUGUUUGCAGAACAUGUGGAUGAUGCUACCAACGGCCUGUAUAGCACUCUCUCCAGCUUGGCUAUCUGCAAUGCCACAGCUCCAGGUUGCAGAAUCGAGCCUCACCUUUGUGAACGAAAGACACUCGAAACCGUCAGAGAGGUCACUGGGAACUCUUUGUGCUGGAGAGGUUCAAAGAAAACCAAUGCAGCAUUUUCAUCCCUCUGCCCAUUCUACAGCUGGAAGAAAGUUUUCAUAACUCACCCAGCCACAUGCUACAGAACGGUAUGUCCAGAUCCUUGUGAUUCCCAGCCCUGCCAGAAUGGAGGCACAUGUGUUCUAGAGGGAUUAGACAAGUACCAUUGUCUCUGUCCCAUCGGAUUUGGAGGGGAGGCCAACUGUGCACCAAAGUUGACCCUGGAAUGCAGCGUCAACCUCCUCUUCUUGCUGGAUAGCUCAUCUGGUACAACCCUGGAGGGAUUCCUUCAGGCCAAGGCCUUUCUAAAGAGGUUUGUCCAGGCUGUGGUGAGCAUGGACUCUCCCGUAAAUGUGGCAGUGGCCCAGUAUAGUCAGGAAGUGGAGAUCCCAUUCCAAAUGGGAGAAUACCGGGAUGUGCCUAGCCUCAUGAAGAGCCUGGACAGAAUGCGUUUCAUUGGAGGAGCCACAAUGACAGGCAGAGCCCUGGAGUAUGUUGCUGAUCAUGGCUUCAGGAACACAUUUGUUUCUGGAGAGACUCAUGAUCCCCAGCCCCGCCGGGUGGUGGUCCUGCUUACUGACUCAAGGUCCCAAGACCUUGUGGCAGGACCAGUAAGAUAUGCCCGUGAUCAGAAACUCUUCCUUAUUGGAGUAGGUAGUGAGUUUCUGAGAGCAGAGCUGGAGGAAAUCACUGGCAACCCAAAGCAAGUGAUAACCUACUCCAACCCUCAGGACCUUUUCAACAAAAUACCUGAACUCCAGAAAAAAAUCUGCAGUCUCCAAAGGCCAGGCUGCCAGUCUCAGUCGCUGGACCUGGUUUUCCUGUUGGAUGCAUCAGCCACAGUGGGACAAGCGAACUUCACGAAGGUCCGGAGCUUUGUAAGAGGGAGCUCCCUCCAAUUCAACAUCAACCGGGAUGUGACCCAGAUAGGCCUGGUUGUUUAUGGCAGCAGGGUCCAGACCACAUUUGCCUUGGACACACACCCUACUAGCUCCAGCCUCCUGCAGGCCAUCAGCCAGACCCCUUAUGUGGGUGGGGCAGGCUCCACGGGCAGUGCUCUCUUGCAUGUUUAUGAGGAGGUGAUGACAGUCCAGAAGGGAGCCCGGCCUGGUGUGAGCAAGGUGGUAGUUGUGAUUACAGAAGGGACUGGAACUGAAGAUGCAGUUGUGCCUGCUCAGAAGCUACGAAACAAUGGCAUCUCUGUCCUGGUCAUUGGUGUGGGACCUGUCCUGAAGGAGACGCUACUGAGACUUGCAGGCUCUCAUGACUUCCUAAUCCAUGUGGCUUCUUAUGAAGACCUAGAGAACUACCAAGAUUUAUUCGUUGAAAGGAUAUGUGAAGAAGCCAAGCAGCCAGUCAACCUCUGCAAACCCAGUCCAUGCAUGAAUGACGGGAUGUGCGUUCUUCAGAAUGGGAGCUACCGGUGUGAGUGCAGAGGCUGGGAAGGCCCCCACUGUGAGAACAGAAUCUUGAGAGGCGAUUCCCCUAGGCCACAUGGCUUGCAUCAGGACUCCUCGAAUUGGCAGCAACAGUACCAAUCACGGCAUUUGCACCUGGGCAGUUGA